ACUAAAAUUCAGCUCAUUACUACAAAUCUAGUAUUUCACCGAUCUGUCCUAUUGUUGUCUUGUCUUAAAUGUGAUGUUGAGCAAAUAAAUGCAUGUUUGUUUUUCAACAGAGAUUCGUUUCAGAAACUUUUCCACGAAUUCUUUCGAAAAUUGUUCAUAAAUUUCUUCAGAAAUUCCUCCAAAAUUUUCUUCAAAAUUCCUCCAGAAUUUCCUUUAGUCCUUUUAAGGUACCUACAAAAACUUCACCAAGAAUUCCUCUAGAAAACAUUCUGUUGGCCUACCCCAUUAGGCCAGCGCGCACAUCUAUCACCGCAGUAUUCUCUGCCAAACGAACGGUGUGAUGGAUGACAUAGGAGUGACAGGUAUACGGCCUGUCACCGGGUGAGUGAAGGAUAUAGAUAAAUUGCAUUGUCACUGCUUGAUUAUAUCUAAACAAGUAAGCUUAAUUCUAGUGUAAUUUACAUUGAAAUCAUUCCUUAAGCUAGUGAACUAUAACAAAAAUUAUACUAUUUGGUACAUGCACCUAAUACUGGUAAGAUUAUCUACCUAAAAUUACUGAAAUCGAUCUAAAACUAAACUUAUACUAGGAAACCUAAACUGCUAUACUUCCAUCCCGUGUCACCCAGAGCAAUCUAUGAUCUACCGAUUCGGUAAGAAAUAAGGUAAAGAAAAUCUUCGAAACUUUGCUAACUAUAUGGUUUACUAGGAACUACUGCUAAGCUCACCUUUGAUCAAGAAUUAUACGACACAUUAAGGGAAAACUAAACGUAAGUAAGCUCAAACCAUACAUUAUGCAUACACUGAUCUACAGGGGUCUACCAACCCGCUGUCACGUAGCAGAAACACUAUAGAUGAUUCAUUGUAAUUGUAAGCUGAAUUUAUAUCUUUUCAUAGGAAAAUUAUAUUCUUAUAUGUUACUACCACUAUCCGGAUCGUGCGUAUGUUAUUACGUUUCCGGUAAAGAAUUAUAAUUCCGGAAAAUUCCCUCCCGUUGGACUAAAUCCAACAUCAUAUAAUUUUCGUUUAUACGAAUCGAGCGUGAUGCCUAGUCGCGGUGUUAUUAAAUCGGGUGGCAAAGGAGAUAAAGGUGCGCGGCCGAAGGAAACUGGUGAUCUUUGUGCUGGUGGUGAUGAUGGUGAUAAUCCAGAAGUGGUGUUUGUUGGAGAAACGUGCAAGACGUGUCGAGGACCGGACAACGAAGAGAUGGUUCAGUGCGACAGAUGCGAUGGGUGGUACCAUUUUUCCUGCGUGGGCGUAUCAGAGGAAGUUGCCGACAAGAGCUGGAGUUGCACUAACUGCGUCACAGCGAAAUGGGUCCAGCGAACUAGAACAGCUUCUGAAAUAAAUGUCAUACAGGAGAAGGUAACACUCGAUAGAACGUCAACUAGAAGCCAGCCCACUGAGAACAUCGCAACAAGCACCCGCGCUAAUAUAGUGAUCCCUCCAAAGUCUGUCCUUCAGAAGUCUACAUCAGCGGGGCCAGUUCCAGUCAACAGUGGUGGCGGGCGGAAAGUUCCUCUGAAUGCAGAUCAAGGGAAGCAGCAAUCACCAUUGCUAGUCAGCGAUGGUAACACAGGCACAGGUGUUCAAAUUCGAGAAGUGGAGAAGGCCCUGUCACAGGUUUCGGUUUCUUCGUCGCAAAAAUCAGCGGUGCAGCGUGCAAAACUGCAACUGAUGCGACUGGAAGAAGAACGGCAAUUUCAGCAGCAGCAAGAAGAGCGCCGACAAGCUGCAGAACAACGGGCAGCGCAGGAGCAUCGUGAGUACUUGGAGCGAAAGUACCGUCUGUUGGAAGAAGUCGUCAGCGAAAAGAGCUCUGGGAGUCGCAGCGAGGCGUCAAGUCGUAUCAACGAUUGGGUACGAGAUGCCAAACAACAUCAGCAGACAAACGCACCAGAAAUUGAUGAUUUUGACGUAGAGCACCUUCAAGUUCCUACAGGCAACGUGGAGCAAGGCCACGCCGCUGGUCAGCUCGGGGAAGCUCGUAUCCGAUUCGAGCCAAAUGGCCAGAUUAGAUCGGCUAAUGUGCACACCGGUCAACGACUCCACUGUUGUCCUCCUAUUCAACAGCAGCACUCCACAUCGCGUCCUGAAUUUGCCAGCCACUUGCGACAGUCAGGACUAACGAUGCAGAUGCACCCUGCCAGUCAGCAAGUUGGACUAUCAGACAGGUAUCCGUCAUCUCGGCAAGUUUUGCCAACGAUGUUAAACGCCAAUAAACGAACAACGUCGCAACAACCUGCGAGCUCAAUUCUCAGACCGCCUUUCAACUCUACCACCUUCGACGGGCAAGUCGUAGUACCUCCGGCGUGCUCUACCGGUAUUCACCCGCGCAUUCCUCGGGAAAAUAUCGGUGUCUCCCAAGCAUCAGACCACGGAACGUAUGAUGACGAGUUCCAGCUCUCUCGUUCGCAAGUAGCAGCCAGACAAGCGGUUCCGAAAGAACUCCCUCAGUUCAAUGGAGAUCCGGAGGACUGGCCAGUAUUCUUGUCGAUGUACAACCGUACGACAGCGAUGUGUGGGUUUUCUGACGAAGAGAAUAUAGUACGACUGCAGAAGAGUCUGAAAGGCAAAGCCUACGAAGCCGUCAAGAGCCGUUUGAUCCACCCUGGGAAUGUUUCAGGCAUCCUGUCAACAUUGAAAAUGCUGUUCGGCCAACCAGAGGUCAUCAUUCAGUCGCUGAUUGAAAAAGUGAGUACGCUACCAGCAAUUCGGGAGGAAAGGCUAGACACACUGGUAGAAUUCGCUGUGCACGUACAAAACUUCUGCGCAACAGUGGAUGCCUGUGGACUGCAGGAGUAUAUGUACAACGUUUCUCUACUCCAUCAGUUGGUCAGCAAGCUGCCACCCUCGCUUAAACUUAAUUGGGCACAGCAUCGACUAGUAGCUCCUACGGUCAACUUGGCGACCUUCAGCUCGUGGAUCUAUUCUCUAGCGGAGGCAGCAAGCGUUGUCACCUUUCCAUUGUCGACACAACAGGAGAAGUCCGCCCGAAAUGAAACUCGAGGGCCAAAAAAGGGAAAUGCGUACCUCAACGCCCACUCUGAGGCGUCUUCUGAAGAAAACAAGGAAAGUGCAUCGAAGGAACACACUGCGACAAAGCCAACUCCGGUGAAACACACCUGCCCUAUCUGUAACGAGUAUUGCAAGUCCGCAGACAAAUGCAAGCGCUUCUUGGAGCUCACUAGAGACUCACGGUGGGCUGCAGUCAGAGAGUUCGGCCUCUGCCGCACUUGUCUACGAAUGCACAAAGGAAGCUGCAACGCCAAGCCAUGCGGGAAAAACGGAUGUGCCUUUCGGCAUCACGAGUUGUUGCACAAUGACUCGAAGCAGAAAUCGCAGAAUACUGAAACUACGAUCGACAGCGGAAGUUCACCAUCUGCACCACCGUAUUCUGGUCCGUCGGGUUGCAACAGCCAUAGAACAACUGCAAGCUCGGUACUGUUUCGUUACAUUCCUGUCAUUUUAUUCGGCAAAACGGGAACAAUGCAAACCUUCGCUUUCUUGGAUGAAGGCUCAGAGCUCACUUUACUAGAUCAAGAGCUCGCCGAUAUACUACAGUUGGACGGAACCGAGCGUCCGUUGUGUCUCCGAUGGACUGGUGGAACUGAACGAUGUGAACCGAAUUCUCGAGCGUACAACCUCCAAAUUUCCGGAGUUAAAGAUGGCAGUAAGCGGUUCGAGAUAAAUGACGUGAGGACUGUGAAGGACUUGAUGUUACCGCAACAAUCACUGGAUAUGGCCAAACUAUCAGAACAGUUUCCACAUCUUCGAGAUCUUCCGAUCGAUUCAUACCGUGAUAUACGCCCACGUAUUCUGAUAGGAACGAAGCAUGCACAUCUCGGUCUUGUGCUGAGAAACCGUGAAGGAGAAUUUGGACAGCCUAUUGCAGUCAAGUCACGGCUUGGAUGGACAGUAUGUGGCGGAUCAGGAACAACCCGUGGAGCGAACCUACACCACUACUGUUUCCACAUCUGUCCUUGUAACAAUACAGCUGACGACGAUCUGCACCACGCGAUGAAGGAGUACUUCUCGCUUGACAGUCUAGGGGUAACUAAGCCAAAUAAUCCGCCUCUGUCUAUCGAAGAUCAGCGUGCACUCUCUUUGCUGCAGCUGCUUACUCGGCGUAAAGAAGGUCGCUAUGAAUCCGGCCUACUCUGGCGGUACGACGAUAUCCGCCUGCCAGAUAAUCGGUGUAUGGCUAUGCGCCGAUUCCAAUGUUUGAAAAAACGAAUGGAGAAAGAACCGGAACUGCAGGCAAUCUUGCAUGCCAAGAUUGCAGAGUAUACGGAAAAGGGGUACGUUCGAAAGCUCAGCGAGGAGGAAAUCAACCAAAAAAUCUCCCGACGGUGGUACCUACCAGUCUUUCCAGUAAUCAACCCAAAUAAACCUGGCAAGAUACGGAUAGUGUGGGAUGCAGCGGCCAGCGCUCACGGUACAUCGUUGAACUCAGUUCUCUUAAAAGGACCGGAUUUAUUGUGCUCUCUCUUGGCAAUCCUUCUACAGUUUCGAGAGCGUCGUAUCGGGCUAACCGGUGACAUUCGCGAAAUGUUUCACCAGGUGUUGAUUAGAGAAGAAGACCAACGCUGUCAGUGUUUCUUCUGGAUGAACGAUCGUGGUGAUACAGAAGUGUACGCUAUGCAAGUAAUGACGUUCGGAGCAUGCUGCUCUCCGACUACAGCGCAGUUCGUGAAGAACUCCAACGCCGAUAGGUUCAUCAGCAAAUACCCAACAGCACAUCAAGCCAUCACGAAGUCCCACUACGUCGACGACAUGCUUUCCAGCGUCGAUACUGACGAGCAAGCUAUUCAGUUGGCCAAGGACGUGAAGCACGUCCACGAGCAGGGUGGAUUUGAAAUACGUAACUGGAUUAGCAACUCUAAAACCGUUCUCGCUGCUUUGCAAGGGGAGGAUAUCAACGAGAAAUGCCUUGAUAUGUCAACAGAGCUCGCCACUGAAAAGGUACUAGGCAUGUGGUGGAACACAAACGACGAUGUCUUCCUUUACAAAGUCGGAUGGAAUCGCUAUGAUUCGGCACUCCUAGGUGGUCAACGACGACCAACGAAGCGAGAAGUUCUACGCGUCCUGAUGACCAUCUUUGAUCCUCUAGGAUUGAUAUGCCACUUUCUCUCAUAUCUGAAGAUCCUGCUUCAAGACAUAUGGCGAUCCAGCGUACAGUGGGACGACGAGAUAGCCGACGGAGAAUACGAGAAGUGGCUCACUUGGUUGAAAGUUCUUCCUCGCAUUGAACAUGUGAGGAUUCCCCGGUGCUAUAAUUCGGACUACCUCGUGAGUGAAACCGACGACCUCCAGCUCCAUACGAUGGUAGAUGCUAGCGAAAAAAGCACAGCAGCUGUUUGCUAUUUACGUUUCGUCAAAGACGAUGUUAUCCGCUGCUCAAUUGUUGCAGCAAAGAGCCGAGUAGCGCCGAUCAAGUUCACCUCUAUACCCAGACUGGAACUUAUUGCCGCAGUCAUCGGUGCUCGCUUAGCGCGCACGGUCGAAGAAUCACUGUCGUUGCAGAUUAACAAGAAGUUCUAUUGGUCUGAUUCCAGAGAUGUCCUGUGCUGGAUACACUCGGAUCAUCGUCGAUACAAUCAGUUCGUCGGUCAUAGGGUCAGCGAGAUUCUCGAAACCUCCGAAACAAACGAAUGGCGAUGGGUACCUGGGAAGCAGAAUCCUGCCGACGACGCCACGAAAUGGAGUGGCACUCCGGAGUUAUCAUCCGACGAUAGGUGGUUUAAAGGUGCCGAUUUCCUUUGGCGCACUGAAGAAGAAUGGCCGGAAUCAUCGAAUAGCAAUUACUUGACGGACGCCGAACUCCGCCCAUCGCUACUGGCACAUCACACUCCAUUAGCUAUCAUCAACAUUAAUGAAUUCUCGAGUUGGGAGAAAUUACGCAGGGUAGUCGCAUACGUUCGUCGGUUCGUCACUAACUGCCGACAAACCCGCUCUGGAAACCCGACUGUCAAUGGGCCGCUUUUGACUCACGAGCUUCAAACCGCUGAACGUACGCUCAUUUGUCUCGCGCAGUUCGAAUCCUAUCCCGACGAAGUCACGAUCCUUAAAAAAUCAUCACAAAGCGAAGAUGCUGCAACGAAAACCGUUCCGAAGACCAGCUCACUGUUCCAAUUGACACCAUGGCUGGACAGUUUCGGGAUUAUGCGAAUGCGAAGCCGCAUCGCGGCAUGCCACUACGUCACCAAUGAUGCCAAACAUCCCAUAAUACUUGCUCAAAAACACCACACCACCAGCCUGAUCAUUGGAUAUUAUCACCGGAAAUAUCAUCACCUAAACCACGAAACGGUGAUCAAUGAGAUCAGGCAGAAGUUCCGCAUCCCACAUUUGCGCGCAUGUUACCAGCACGUGCGUAAAGGUUGCCAGACAUGCAAGAACAACCGCGCAGUACCAACUCCACCGUACAUGGCCGACCUCCCACCCGCUCGUCUUGAAGCCUUUUCCCGACCCUUCACCCACACUGGGGUCGAUUACUUCGGUCCAAUCGAAGUCACCGUGGGAAGAAGAGUCGAGAAACGCUGGGGAAUGUUGGCCACAUGUCUGACCGUCCGAGCGAUCCAUAUAGAGGUUGUGCAUUCCCUUAGCGCGAGCUCGUGUAUUAUGGCGCUCCGAAACUUCAUGGCACGUCGAGGCAUCCCUAAGAAAAUCUAUAGCGACCGAGGCACGAACUUCGUGGGAGCGAAUCGUGAACUAUUGCAAUUGCACGAAGCAAUCAACCAGGACGCGCUCAUGGAAGAAUUUGCAGAUUCGGAAAUCGAAUGGAUCUUCAAUCCACCUCUCUCACCGCAUAUGGGCGGCAGCUGGGAGAGGCUAAUACGUACCGUUAAGAACAACCUCACAGCGGUAUGUUCGUCAGCAAGGCAGUCCGACGAGGUAUUGAGAAAUUUAUUCACGGAAAUAGAAAAUACCGUCAACUCCAGACCACUAUCCCACGUACCGAUAGACGAUGACUCAGCUCCAGCUUUGACGCCAAACCAUUUUCUUAUCGGAUCAUCAAACGGCUGCAAGCCACUUACCAAUCUCGACGACAGCGGAGCAGCACUUCGUCAAAACUGGCUAACGUCACAAAUUCUGGCAAACCGAUACUGGAGGCGGUGGGUAUCCGACUAUUUGCCGGAAAUCACCCGGAGAACCAAGUGGUUUGAACGACCGAAGCCGCUAACCAUCGGAGAUGUAGUGGUCAUUACAGACCCAAAUAUGCCACGCAACUGUUGGCCGAAGGGGAAAAUUAUCGGGACCAGAGUCAGCGCAGAUGGCCAAGUUCGAUCAGCGACUGUGAGGACAACCAGAGGAGUCUACGAACGACCAGCGACCAAAUUGGCAGUCCUAGAUGUUCAACGCGUCGAUCAGUAAGCCCACCGGCAGUUGGAUUACCGUGGGGGAGUGUUGGCCUACCCCAUUAGGCCAGCGCGCACAUCUAUCACCGCAGUAUUCUCUGCCAAACGACCGGUGUGAUGGAUGACAUAGGAGUGACAGGUAUACGGCCUGUCACCGGGUGAGUGAAGGAUAUAGAUAAAUUGCAUUGUCACUGCUUGAUUAUAUCUAAACAAGUAAGCUUAAUUCUAGUGUAAUUUACAUUGAAAUCAUUCCUUAAGCUAGUGAACUAUAACAAAAAUUAUACUAUUUGGUACAUGCACCUAAUACUGGAAACCUAAACUGCUGUACUUCCAUCCCGUGUCACCCAGAGCAAUCUAUGAUCUACCGAUUCGGUAAGAAAUAAGGUAAAGAAAAUCUUCGAAACUUUGCUAACUAUAUGGUUUACUAGGAACUACUGCUAAGCUCACCUUUGAUCAAGAAUUAUACGACACAUUAAGGGAAAACUAAACGUAAGUAAGCUCAAACCAUACAUUAUGCAUACACUGAUCUACAGGGGUCUACCAACCCGCUGUCACGUAGCAGAAACACUACAGAUGAUUCAUUGUAAUUGUAAGCUGAAUUUAUAUCUUUUCAUAGGAAAAUUAUAUUCUUAUAUGUUACUACCACUAUCCGGAUCGUGCGUAUGUUAUUACGUUUCCGGUAAAGAAUUAUAAUUCCGGAAAAUUCCCUCCCGUUGGACUAAAUCCAACACAUUCCAUGUUUGAGAAAUUCUCCCGUGGAUUAUUUCAGAAUUUAUUUUUAAAGACAACUCACACCAUCUUCAGCCAGAGACUGCACAAAUUUCUCCUGGGAUUCUCAGAAAAAAAAACAAUCCACGGGUCCCAGACAUUCUUACAGCGUUUUUUUUUUUCAGAAAAUCAAUAGUUCUUAAUUGUUGCUCUAUGAAUUUCUUCCAAAAAAAUGUUGUAAAUAUACCUUCAAACAUAUUUUGUAGGGAUUGAUCAGUUCCUCCAUAAAUUUUCCAAAUAUUUUCUAUGCAGAACCUCCUAAAAUGGCUCCAUUGUUUCCAUAGAAAACCCAUAAAUUAGGUUAACCAAAAAUAGUCAAAUUGCAACCCCCUCCCUCCUAAUGACACAUUUUUUUGCAUGAGGCUUCUGAAAUUUGUUUAUAGGUUAUUACAGUUAUCUGAAGCCCCCGGAAGGAAUUUGUGGUAGUAGGGGUUUGGUUUAGGAGGAUUUUUUGAAGCAUUUCAGGAUGCUUCAGAGCAGACUCUGAAAUACCUUAAAACGGCCCUCAAACCUUUUGCAACGCCCCUUAAAGGCUCCUGAGAUCCCUUGAAUUGACCCUAAAGCCCCUUGGGACGCCCCGUAAACCCACUUAAUACUAUUUGAAUACCCCAGAAUUUCCCGUAAUAGGGUGACGAAGGGUAUUAUCGGCAGGUUUGUUCUCUUCGUCAAGGGGGUUUUUUGUCGGCCAAAUUUCCUGAAACUUUGUCGUAUAACUCAGCUUGGUUGGGAAGGAUUUGAGACCAACUCUGAGCUCAGCAGCUUUCAAGAAACCCCCCAUGACGAAGAGAACAAAACUGCCGAAAAUACACAAUUUCCCCUAUCAUGAAAACACCAAAAAAAUCUUAAAAGAACACCCUUAAAAGGCUCCUCAAAUCCCCCGAAACAACCCCUUAACCUUGCUUAACUCGCGCGGUUGACUACCUGCGUCAGCACCACGCUAAUGCUGAGUACAAAAAGCGAGAUUUUUUCAACAUGUUGUACAAAAUACAACAGCGCGAUCGCUCGUGGGUUAAAAUGCCCCUGAAGCCCCUUGCAUCCCCCUUUUUGGGCUCUCUGGGAACUUUAUGGAAACCCCCUUAGCCCCGCCUCAACUGCCCAGGAGCAUACCUGUUCACGCGAACUAGAUUCUCUAAUUAAAGCCCAAACUUAAUUUAUGCAUAAAUUUCCCUCUUUUUAUGCCUUUUCUAAUUUAUGCACAUUUUUAAUUUAUGCAGUCCCUGCCAUGUGCAUAAAAAGAUGUUUCAGUGUAUUUCUUUUAUAUAUAAUACCUUUUAUAUAAUACAUAAUCAGAGG